ACCGAUGCCGAGGAUGACGUUCCAAUGGACCUUGACUCUGAACCUUCCACGCCGCGUAUGAAUACAGCAGCCAAAGCACCCGUCAAGGAUAAGAGGAAGACCAUCUCGUUGACGGAGUAUAACGCCAUGAAAAAGACGAAGACCAAUCCUUCCACAGACGAUACAGCUAGUCCUACCGUCCAAAAGACCACUGGCCAGACUACCGACGGCAUAGUGGGAUGGGCCAACAAUAUUACAUCCGCAGUAGCCAGUGCUUUAGGUUCGGGAAAGGCCGGUGGUGUUCAGCAGAAGGAGGGUCAAUCAUCCAAGAGUUCCGCUCGCGCCGCUCCAACCCCAACGAGCCAUCCAGAUUGGACUCUGCCCGCUCGUCCAUCGAUGGUCGUACCAGCCAACUUCAAGCUGAAUGCCGACGAUUGGCACCCUGACACUACUCCGCUCAUCAACCAGGCAGCGAUGGUACAGAAGUACGCUCGGGACGCAGACCGGGCUGCGACGCGUCUUGCUCGGGAUACGGCGGCCUUGGAGAAAUCGAAGAAGGAAGGAAAGUGAGGGGGAGAGGAUGGAGAUUGCUUUGGUUGGGG